AUGUUAGAUGAGAACAAAACGGCGGGAUUACUACUCUUAUUCUUAGGAAUUGCGUCAGGGUUUAUUGGAGUGUUUUUAUUUUUUGACAAAUUUUUUUUAUGUAUUUCGAAUGUGUUUUUUUUGAUGGGCUUAUAUUUCUUAGUUGGGACAACAAAAAUUGUGCGAUUUUUUAUGAACCGGAAAAAAAUUGCAGGAAGUGCUAGUUACCUUUUUGGAUUUUUCUUAAUUCUCAUGAGUAGAACAUUCAUUGGAGUUUUAUUUCAAGCAUAUGGAAUAUACAAAUUAUUCUUUUCGUUCUUACCAAACAUUGUUAAUUUUGUGAAGUACUCUCCUCUAAGUUUUAUUUUAGAAAUUCCUGGCAUCAAGCACUUAAGUGAGUAUAUCGUGAAUAAUAAGCGAUUACCAAUUUGA